AUGCCCCUGACUGAUGCUGGUUCUGAAAUCGUUUUUCGAGCACGUCGUAAAUAUGCUGCUCUUUUGGCAGAUUUCAUUGCAAGUGCCCGACCAGAUCUGAAUCAAGAGGAACAAACGGAAAGGCUGUCCAUACUUCUUAGCAUCAUCCCUCACAUGAUGCAUGCCUCAGAGCUCGACAAUAUGUACUGCGCAAAACUGGUCAUGAUGAACAUGGGUAACAUGUACGGAAGUCUUUCUUACGAUAUUCACGUACGAAAGUUCUGA